UGUGACUGCCAGGUCUGCCACUGUCAAAAUUUUCCUGGUUGGUGAUUUUUUGUAAUAGAAAUGUAUUUUUUUAAAAAUUCAUAAAAAUAUUGUUAUUAAUCAAAAAAUCAUGACUAAAACAUCAAAGGUGGACGAACUGGUCCAAUCAAUAACCCUAUACACUCGAAUUCCCACUGUCUUUCACUUAUACCUGCUACCUUUUCUUAUUUUAUACCCGGUUUGGAUUUACUUAUGGAUCGGUUUGUGGGGCUUCUGGGAGCACUACGAGGGAGGAUUUGUUGGUAUCGCCGCCAUCGGAUGUAUUCAAAUCCUAUGUUGCCUCGCUUGCUACUGGUCUGUUCAUAUUAACUGUUUCUUCAGCUGUAAAAAGGAAAAGAGUCCUUUUAAGGCUAGUAUAGCUAAGGUUGUGCCAACACCCAACAAUGGAAGCGCUGAAAUCGUUUGGCUUAAGAAGGUUAAGAUUGACCAAGAGCCAAUGGUAUAUUUCAUCUUUCAAAAAACGAAAUACAUCUAUAAUCCUGAUAAGAAAACAUUUAAAGGAGUGGAAUUUCCAAUUCACAAACCCUAUGUGGAGUAUAACAGCUGGAAAGGUUUCCAGGAAGAUGAGGAUGUUAAGCAGGCCGAAUUGCUAUAUGGCAAAAAUGACUUGGAAAUGGUUGUGCCAGAAUUUUCAGAGCUUUUUACAGAAAGAGCUACAGCACCAUUUUUUGUGUUUCAAAUUUUUUGUGUGGGUCUUUGGUGUCUGGAUAAAUACUGGUACUACUCUAUAUUUACUUUGAUCAUGUUGGUUCUGUUUGAGUGCACCUUGGUGCAGCAACAGCUAAGAAAUAUGGCAGAAAUUAGGAAAAUGGGGAACAAGCCUUAUGGUAUUCUUGUGUAUCGUAACAGACGUUGGAGAUCAAUCCAAAGUGAUGAACUGAUCCCAGGAGAUGUAAUAUCAAUUACAAGGUCCCAAAAAGAUAAUUUAAUCCCGUGCGAUGUAGUUCUCUUAAGAGGCUCUUGUAUAGUGGAUGAAAGUAUGCUUACUGGAGAAUCGGUGCCUCAAAUGAAAGAAGCCAUUGAAACUUGCAAUCCUGAUAAAAAUUUGGAUCCAGACUUUGAUGGAAAAUUUCAUGUGUUGUUUGGAGGCACCAAAGUGGUGCAACAUACCUCCCCCACUAAAGCCAGCACAGGAUUGCGACCUCCCGAUAAUGGUUGCGUCGCCUACGUACUCAGAACCGGAUUUAAUACCGCUCAAGGGAAAUUGCUCAGAACCAUUUUGUUUGGUGUCAAACGGGUCACUGCCAACAAUAAAGAAACGUUCGGUUUUAUUUUGUUUCUGUUGGUAUUCGCGAUUGCAGCGGCCGCUUACGUCUGGAAAAAGGGAGUCGAAGAUCCAGAAAGGAACCGCUACAAACUGUUUUUGGAAUGCACCUUAAUCUUAACGUCAGUCAUUCCACCGGAACUGCCCAUUGAACUAUCAUUGGCAGUCAAUACAUCACUAUUAGCCCUAUCAAAGUUAGGAGUGUAUUGCACGGAACCGUUUAGAAUUCCGUUCGCGGGUAAAGUAGACAUUUGUUGUUUCGACAAAACGGGCACUUUGACAAGCGAUAAUUUGGUGGUGGAGGGCGUGGCUCUUGCGGAAAACGAUUCGAAGGUCACGCCUAUACAGAACGCGCCCAUCGAAACGGUGCAAGUAUUGGCCACGUGUCAUUCCUUGGCCCAAUUGGAUGAUGGGUUGGUCGGGGAUCCCCUUGAGAAGGCCACAAUGACCGCUAUUGAUUGGGUCGUAACAAAAGCCGAUUGUGUUCUACCGAAAAGGGGGAAAAUGUCUGGAUUAAAAAUUUUCGUUCGGCAUCAUUUCUCGUCACAAUUGAAGCGGAUGAGUGUGGUGGCGGGCUGGAGUAAUCCCGGUUCUGCUGAUAUUCUGUAUAUGUCAGCGGUCAAAGGAGCUCCUGAAACUUUAAGAGAUAUGUUUAGUGAGCGUCCAAAGCUCUACGACGAAGUCUACCUAGAACUAUCACGUCGCGGAGCCAGAGUUCUGGCUCUAGGCUACAAACAAAUAGGACAACUCUCAUCUCAAAAAUUGCGCGACUUGACCCGCGAAGAUAUCGAGAAAGACCUGAAAUUUGCUGGUUUUGUUAUAAUAUCUUGUCCGUUAAAAGUCGACUCAAAACCAGCUAUAAAAGAACUACAAAACGCCUCACAUAAAGUGGUGAUGAUCACUGGAGACAAUCCUUUAACCGCUUGCCAUGUGGCUUCAGAACUGAAAUUUACCUCAAAACCCGUUUUAAUAUUAACAGAAGACAGUGAGACAAGGACAUUUAGUUGGGAAUCUAUCAGGAAGGAUGUUAAAUUACCUAUUGAACUGGAGAGUUUUAAUAAAUAUGAUUUCUGCGUUACCGGAGACAGUUUUAGGCACUUAAAGGACAACUACUACAAAUUAUUCUUACGAAUCCUACCCUAUAUCACAGUGUUCGCCCGGUUUGCACCGAAACAAAAAGAAUUAGUGAUCACCCAACUGAAAUCUCUGGGAUUCACAACACUGAUGUGCGGCGACGGCACUAACGACGUUGGUGCGUUAAAGCAUGCGGACGUCGGUGUAGCUAUUUUAGCAAACGCGCCGGAGAAAUUGCCCGCCAUGAAAGAACAAAAAGAGAAGUUAGAGAAAAAGCAAAGCAAAGAGGUUGUUGAGAGGAGAAGCAACUCCAGACCAAACCACAUAAGGACCGUUGAGGAGCAACGGGAUCGGUUGCAGAAUAAAAUGAAUAAGCUGAUGAAGGAGUUGGAGGAGGAACAAGAAUCGCAGGUGGUCAAGCUGGGAGACGCCAGUAUUGCUUCUCCGUUUACUAGCAGACUGUCCAGUAUUAUGUGCAUUUGCCAUAUAAUAAAACAAGGACGCUGCACCCUAGUCACCACCCUACAAAUGUUUAAAAUCCUCGCACUUAACGCCCUUAUCCUCGCUUACACCCAAUCGGUUCUCUACUUGGAUGGAAUUAAGUUAAGAGACAUGCAAGCUACUCUACAAGGAAUUUUAUUAGCCGCAUGUUUUUUGUUUAUUUCACGAUCAAAGCCCCUAAAGAGUUUAUCUAAACAGAGGCCACUACCAAACAUUUUCAACUUAUACACGAUAUCAACCGUGUUGUUACAGUUUGCCGUACAUUUUUGGUGUUUGAUUUAUUUGGUGCAAGCUGCAAAAGCCAGAACGCCAGAAGUGUCCAAAGAAGUAGAUUUGGCUAAUAAUAAUGGUACAGAAACUAUUAAGAAACUCACCGAGGAAGAGGAGGAUGCAUUGUUUGAACCUAAUAUUAUAAACAGCACUGUUUAUAUUAUUUCCAUGGCAUUGCAGAUUGCUACUUUUGCGAUAAAUUAUAGGGGCAACCCGUAUAUGGAAAGUUUAAGAGAAAACAAGGCGUUACUUUACAGCAUUUUGGGGUCUGGAGCAGUCGUUUUAGCGCUUACCUUAGGAAUUAUGCCAGAAUUGUCGAGAGAAUUUGAAAUCAUCGAUUUUCCUGAAGAUUUCAAAUACGUGUUACUACAAGUGCUGUUUGCAGACUUCUUUUUUUCGUAUCUGGUCGAUAGGAUUUGUCUGUGGAUAUGCGGAGAAGGAAGAACGAGAUUAUAGUGAAAAUUAUUUAUUUAGUCAAAUUAAAUUUUAAAGCUGAGAACGAAGUGUUCGUAUCGGCUCUACUAAGUUUCAUUCCAUUUCUUUCGGUUGUUAGGCAUAAAAUCAACGACAAAAAGUAUUAUUUUUUUGUUAAUGUACUUUUAAAAACAAAAUAUAUGUUUUUGUUUGUAAUAAAA